AUGCACAAGAAACUGAGCAGGGCUGGGCAGAAACGGACUGACGUUAAGCCUACAGACAUUGAUAAUCGAUCGACGAUGUUAAGCGGAUUCAGCAUGUCUCGAAAGCCCGUAUCUCUUCAUACCUCUUGCCAUCUCUUCUCCUUGAUACCCAUUUCCCCCAGCCUAGUUCUUCAAGUGAUGUGCUCUUUGUUCUCCACGGAUACUCAUGAAUUAUCAAACACAAAUGCUGCCCGUCAUUAUCAUGACCACACGACUUAA